AACCAACCCUAGAAGCUUCAACCAGCCGAGUCGCACAUCUCUUCCCCACUAGUUAUGGUCCUUCGGCGACCACGUCUUCUUCAAAUCCCGGAGUCCCUAAAUUUGGAACUCAAUUUCUGCAUCUCUCAAAUCUUCCUCAAUGAACAGUAAUCCUAUACGCGAUGUUAAAGCCCCUUCUCAGAACUCCGCUUCCCACCAAUCUCCGUCGCCUGUCUCCGCGCCAUCUUCUCGAUUUCUCUUCAAAAGCAGACGAUUGGCCAGUGCUACAACCCAAACUGCAAUCCGUUUCCUUGGUCUCCAGAAUCUGCAACCUCUUGUGGGAUCCCAAAUGGGAACAGAACCAGGAGUUCAGUAGAUUGAGCUCCGAGCUCAGACCCCAUCAUGUGUCCCAAAUCAUUAGUACACACAGAGACACGGACUUGGUGUUGCGGUUCUUUUUCUGGGUGUCUAAGCGGCGUUUUUACAAACAUGAUGUGGAAUGUUACAUUUCGAUGUUGAACAGGCUCGUUCGGGAUCGGAAGUUUGCUCCUGCGGAUUAUGUUAGAAUUCUAAUGAUCAAAGCUUGUAGAAAUGAAGAGGAAAUGAAGCGGGUAAUUGAGUUUUUGAAUGGGAUUAAUAAUAGUUUUGGUUUUGGUUAUACUUUAUACAGUUUCAAUACGCUUUUGAUUCAAUUGGGCAAGUUUGAGAUGGUUGGUUUAGCUUCGGAUGUUUAUACCCAGAUGUUGAAUAGUGGGAUUAGGCCAAGUUUGUUGACAUUUAAUACUAUGAUUAAUAUUCUCUGUAAGAAAGGGAAUGUUUAUGAGGCUGAGUUGAUCUUGAGUAAAAUUUUCCAGUAUGAUAUGCUCCCGGAUACGUUUACUUAUACAUCAUUGAUUCUUGGGCAUUGCCGGAACUGCAAUUUGGAUUCAGCUUUUCAGAUUUUUGACAGGAUGGUGAAGGAGGGUUGUGACCCAAACUCAGUUACAUAUUCAAAUUUGAUCACUGGUUUGUGCAAUGAUGGUAGGGUUGAUGAAGCACUUGACAUGCUUGAAGAAAUGAUUGAGAAAGGUAUUAAACCAACUGUAUAUACCUAUACCAGUCCGAUUACUUCAUUAUCAUUGAUUGAUGGAUUUUCUCAAUCUGGGAAACUUGAAGUGGCAGUUGGGUUGUACCACAAAAUGUUGAAGGAUGGGUUGAUUCCAAAUAUAGUUACGUACAAUGUUAUGAUAAAAGAAUUAUCUGCAGAAGGAAGGUAUGAUGUUGCUUUGGGUAUUUUUGAUUGGAUGGUGAGGCAGGGUACACUGUUGAAUAGUCAAACCUAUAAUGAAAUCUUAAAGGUGUUGUGCUCAAUGGGUAAAAUUGAGAAGGCUAUGGUUCUCUUUGAAAAAAUGCUUAAGAUUGGCCCCUCUCCAACUGUGGUAACCUAUAAUACUCUUAUUGGUGGUUACCUAGAAAAGGGGAAUCUGAACAAUGCUAUGAGAUUAUUACAUAUGAUGAAGGAGACUGGACAUGGACCUGAUGAGUGGACCUAUUCUGAACUUAUUUCAGGGUUCUGCAAGUGGGGAAGGUUAGAUUCAGCAUCUAGCCUUUUCAGUGAAAUGGUGGAACGAGGAUUAAGUCCAAAUCAGGUUAGUUUUACUGCCAUGAUUGAUGGUUACUGUAAAGAUGGAAAGAUAGAUGUUGCUUUGUCAUUACUAGAAAGAAUGAAGCAAAAUGAUUGUUGUCCAAAAACUGAAACGUAUAAUGCCAUCUUACAUGGUUUGUCAAAAAACAAUCGGUUUUCUGAAGUCAAAGGAUUAAUCAAUGAGAUGACAGAGAAAGGAUUGCUGCCAAAUGUCAUUACCUUCACAUCUUUGAUUGAUGGCCUUUGCAAAAUUGGGCAAAUGGAUCAUGCAUUUAGGAUUUUCCAGGAAAUGGAAAGUAGUAAUUGCUUGCCAAAUGUUUAUACAUAUAGUUCCCUGAUUUUUGGUUUAUGUCAAGAGGAGAAGGCAGAUGAUGCAGAGAGGUUACUUGAUGAAAUGGAGAGGAAAGGAGUGUCUCCAGAUGAGGUUACAUUUACUUCACUCAUCAAUGGUUUUGUUAUCCUUGGUAGGAUAGAUCAUGCAUUUAUGCUUCUUCGUCGGAUGAUUGAAGUUGGUUGCAAACCUAACUACCGAACUUACAGUGUCUUGUUAAAAGGGUUAAAAAAGGAGUGCACAUUGUCCACAGGAAAGGCUGUUGCUCAAAGUGGUAUGGAGUAUGGUGACAGCUUAGAUGAGAGAGUUACCAAUGUUGAGGGAAUGUGUAACAUCCUCUUAUCUAGAUUGUCAGAGAGUGGUUGUGAACCUACUGUUGAUACUUACAGUACUUUAGUAAGUGGAUUGUGUAGGAAAGGUCACUCUUUUGAGGCAGCUCAGUUGGUGGAAAAUAUGAAAGAGAAAGGACUUUGUCCUAAUAAAGACAUCCUUUACUCUCUGCUAUUUGCACACUGUAGGAAUUUAGAAGUCGACUCUGCUUUGGAGAUUUUUAACCUGAUGAAAAUUAAAGGCUGUGAACUUCUAUUAUCAAUCUAUACUGCACUUAUUUGUGCCCUCUGCAAGACAGGUAGGUUGGAAGAGGCUGUGAAAAUGUUUGAGUGCAUGCUUGGGAAACAAUGGAAUUCUGAUGAGAUUGUUUGGACAUUGUUGAUUGAUGGGUUACUGAAGGAAGGAGAGUCAGAUUUAUGCAUGAAGCUUCUUCACAUUAUGGAAUCCAGAAAUUCUGCUCCCACUGUUCAGACAUACUUCAUUGUGGCCAAAGAAGUAACCAAAGCCAAGCUAGUGGAAGUAGAUCAGAUCAAUAGCAAGUAAGCUAUGAAGAAUCAAAUUGGGUUUUUCUUCUUCUUAAUCACCAAAAGAUGAAAUGCCUUGCUUUUCUACAAAGCCCAGUCAGUUUAUCUGUUAUUGGCAAUAAACUGUCUGAGUUGAACAAUCUCCUGCUGACUUGUAAAUAAAUUUUUUGAGCUGUUGUUGCUUUGGAGCUCCUUUCCUUUGAUACAAGAUAUUCUACAUGAAAAAGAAUCUCAGAGUUGAAAGAGGGGACUACAUGAAAAUGACAGCAAGGAGAAUUUUGUAGCCUUAGUGAACAAAAUUAGAUCAUUUUCAGGAUUUAGUGGUGUGGUUGGCUUUUUGGAAAUGUAAAGCUCUUGGGCCCUGACAGUUCCUAACAUAAUUGGCAGCUAUGAGAAGGUACACGUCAUAAUAAACCAAUAGUUGAUCAUUUUUUUCUGUCGUAUAUUACCUCCUUUUUUUUCCCCUCCUUUAUCAGGUCUAUCUCUGUAUACCUAAGCAAAUGUGCAUUUGAUUUAUUUUUCAAUGUCAUAAUAUACCCAACAAGGGAAUGAAAUUUUCAUUGUAGAGCUCUUAAUGUGAUACAUGGUUCUAUGCGUCCAUGAUUGGCAUGAAUUGUUUUCAAUAAAAGCUUGUAGUCUGG